UUGUUGGUUUAUUUGCACCGUUGUUAUCAACAUAUCUCAUCAUCAUCAUCAUCAUCAUCAUGAGGAAGAUCACCGGCAAACACUUGUUGUGCUUCUUCCUGCUUGCCUUGCCGCUGUCCUGGGCAGAGGACACCAAGAAGGAUGUGCGGAAAAGGGAGAAUGUGACAGUUUGGAGCCAAGCGAAGAAUAGACGGCUGUUUGCAAGGCAAAAGAUUUCUCCACCACGCCAAAAUGUCAAUCCCAAGCACAAGUCGAACCUCGUAACUCCCGCGCGUCGCUGCGGACGCUUGAUGGAAAGCUGCUCCCCUCACCUGCUGUGCUGCGACCCCUGCGCCUCCUGCCGCUGUCGACUUUUCAACACCAUCUGUCACUGCUGGAGGAUGAACCCCCUGUGCUUAAAGAGGACCUAGAUGCAGCACGCACAUGCACGCACAUGCACGCAAACACAUCACAACGCCUGAACAUAUACUGUGGUUGACAAAAGAGCACGGAAAGAUUCACAUCUGCUCUGUGGGUUUGUCUGCACAAAUGCA